AGCAAACUAAUAUUAAAAAAUUCAUGUAUGAAACAAAACCAAUGUCAAACUACCAACAUGUAUAUUAGUUUUGGACUCUUCUACAUACAAGAUAAGUAUUUUUUCUUGCACCCCACCACACCCCUUUGGGCUGAUAGAUUUGAACAAUGAUCACAUCAUUUCUUCUCCUCCAAUUCAUCAUCAUCUUCUUGAUUGAUGUUAAGGCACAAAAUCCUUCGGAAAGCACAGAAGUGAUGCCUCCACAGGAUGAUUCAAUCAGCAACAAUUUCCAGCCUAGUUUAGCUGUUGUGAUUGGCAUGUUAUCAAUCAUGUUUGCUCUCACCUUCAUCCUACUUCUCUAUGCCAAAUUCUGCCACCGGGCGUCGUCGUCCGGCUACAAUACUACCAGCCACCAAAUUCAAGACGGGCUGCUCCGGUCCCGGUCCGCUGCCUCUGGGCUCGAUAAGACGGUGGUUGAGUCCCUCCCCUUCUUCCGGUUCUCGUCUCUCAAAGGGUCAAGGGACGGCCUGGAAUGCUCCGUCUGUCUUGCCAAGUAUGAAGACGUUGAGAUUCUGAGGCUGCUGCCCAAGUGCAGGCACGCUUUCCACAUUGGUUGCAUUGACCAGUGGCUAGAGAAGCACUCGACGUGCCCGCUCUGCAGACGGAAGCUGAGCGCGGACGAUCUGACGUGCUCGACGAGCUUGAGGUUUCUAUGGAGCCAAGCGGAGGCAAGAGAGGAAUCGAAUCUAGAGCUGUACGUUCAACGAGAGGAGAGUCGUUACGGGUCCUCCAGAUUCAGCAUUGGCAGUAGCUUUAGGAAAGCUGACAGGGGGUCGAACAAAGAGGAGGAAUUGCCUAUACAACAAGGCAUGGAUUCCGACGAUGAGAAUCACAAGCAGCCGCCUCUCCACCGAUUCAACCACAAGAUCAACGUCAUGUCCGACGUCGUCCUCAAGCAUCGCUGGAGCAACGUCAGCUCCUCCGACCUCAUGUUUCUCAACUCAGAGAUGCUCAACGACGUUUCCAGCGCAAGAUUCUCGUGUCUGGAUGAGGAAAUAAGAGAGGAUGAUGGGAUCAUGAAUGUCAAACAGGAGAUGGGGAGAAAAAGGGAGUUGGAGAGCAAGGUGAGGGAAAUCAGGCAAGCCGAUCAGGCCCACAAUUCCUUCCCAUUCCCCACAAGCUCGGAUUCCAAACAGUUGCCAAAUCCAGGGUUUGGAUCGAAAGCCCUGAAUCCCAGUGAGAAGAGAUCCAUGUCUGAGAUAAUAGUUCAUCCAAGAUUCAGCACGGAGUUGGUGAGGAGUGAAGCUUCAUGUGUAGAUGUGAGGGAGGAGAGAAAGAGAAGGCUAUGGCUGCCGAUUGCAAGGAAAACAGUACAGUGGUUUGCGAAUAGAGAAGGAAGAGCUCCACAAUCUCAAGAAUCAAAUCUGCAGAAUCUAAAUGUAUAGUACUUCACCUGAAAUUAGUUGAGAUUCUUUAGCUUCAGAUCCAGAAUGUUGAAUUACAAACACUCUCUUUUUCUUUUAUUACAUAGAAAUUCAAUUGCAAAUCAAAUUUGAUCGCGUUGUUAAUUACAAUUCAAGAAAAGUGACAAAUUACGAUUGUUUCGUUCA